AAAAAGCAUGAAACAAUAUAAAAAUCUUUCUGUCAAAGGUUUUUGAUAAUAUUACUGUCGCGUGUAUGUACAGUUUGUGCGUGACCACACACACACACACACGUUCAGUGGGUACGUUGGAACGUGAUGACGUCGCAUGUCUGUAGGUCGACGCAGGGUUAGUGGAGUUGUUUGGGCUGUGUGAGAGGAGAGAUCCGUAGCUGGCAGUGCUGGGAGGGUUUCAGUUGAUGUUGUUGCUUCUGGGCCGCACGGUUCCGUUGUCAUUCGCCCAGAGUCACUACUUGCUGCCAAUCCUCACUGUCGAGGCCUGUUGUAGCCAGAUCCGUGUUAAUAAAACUCAGAGCGAUAGCCAGCAUUACACACAGCACCGUCUUCGUGAGCGCAAGCAACCAAAAUAUAGGAACCAUGCCCGAAAGGAGGCCCUUCGUACGGCUACCUACUGACGUUUACCCCGUCAACUAUGGCUUGUCUUUGAAGCCUGACCUGAUCGACUUCACGUUUGAAGGCAAGCUGGAGGCUUUGGUGGAGGUUACACAAGCUACAAAUCAGAUUGUGAUGAACUGUGCUGACAUCGACAUCAUCACAGCUUCCUUUGUACCACAGGGAGGAGAAGAAAUUAAUGCGACGGGAUUUAACUACCAAAAUGAGGAUGAGAAAGUCACCCUUUCAUUUCCUAGUGCUCUACAGAAAGGCUUCGGCACGUUGAAGAUCGACUUUGUCGGGGAGCUGAACGACAAAAUGAAAGGAUUCUAUAGAAGUAAAUAUACAUCUCCUACUGGAGAGAUUCGCUAUGCUGCUGUCACACAGUUUGAGGCCACGGAUGCUCGCAGAGCUUUCCCCUGUUGGGAUGAGCCAGCUAUCAAAGCCACCUUUGACAUCACUUUGAUAGUUCCCAAGGACCGAGUAGCCUUGUCAAAUAUGAAUGUCAUUGAUCGAAAGCCACACCCAGAUGAUGAAAACCUCGUCGAAGUCAAGUUUGCCACCACACCCAUCAUGUCCACAUACCUUGUAGCUUUUGUCAUUGGUGAAUAUGACUAUGUGGAAAGCCAGUCAUCAGAUGGUGUAAUGGUACGCGUCUAUACACCGGUUGGAAAGGCUGAACAAGGGAAAUUUGCCCUGGAGGUUGCAACUAAGACCUUACCUUUCUACAAUGACUACUUCAGUGUUCCUUAUCCGCUGCCUAAAAUUGAUCUCAUAGCUAUUGCUGAUUUCGCUGCUGGUGCCAUGGAGAACUGGGGCCUUGUUACCUACAGGGAGACAGCAUUGCUUAUUGACCCGAAGAACUCCUGCUCAUCCUCCAGGCAGUGGGUGGCACUGGUGGUUGGACAUGAACUCGCCCACCAGUGGUUUGGAAAUUUGGUCACCAUGGAAUGGUGGACCCAUCUGUGGCUCAAUGAGGGGUUUGCAUCCUGGAUUGAGUAUCUGUGUGUGGACCACUGCUUCCCAGAAUAUGACAUCUGGACUCAGUUUGUCUCGGCCGACUACACCCGCGCUCUGGAUCUGGACGCACUGGACAGCAGCCAUCCCAUAGAGGUGAAUGUGGGCCAUCCAUCAGAGGUCGAUGAAAUCUUUGAUGCCAUCUCCUACAGCAAAGGAGCAUCUGUGAUCCGCAUGUUGCACAACUACAUCGGAGAUGAGGACUUUAGGAAAGGAAUGAACGCCUAUCUUUUGAAGUUCCAACAUAAAAAUGCAUCAACAGAGGACCUGUGGGACUGUUUGGAACAGGCCAGUGGGAAACCCAUUGCCGCAGUGAUGGGCUCAUGGACCAAGCAAAUGGGCUUCCCCAUAAUAGCCGUCGACCAGGAACAGCAAGGUGAUGACCGCGUCCUCAAGAUAUCGCAGAAGAAGUUCUGUGCCAGUGGACCACAUAAUGAAAACUGCCCCAGCUGGAUGGUCCCCAUUAGUAUUUGUACCAGUGAGGACCCCAAAUGCACCAAGCUCAAGGUUCUGCUGGACAGACAGGAGACCACCAUCACUCUGAAUAGUGUUGGCCCAGACCAGUGGAUCAAGAUCAACCCCGGCACUGUGGGCUUCUAUCGCAUCCAGUACAGCUCGUCCAUGCUGGAGAGUUUGCUCCCAGGCAUCAGAGACCUCAGCCUGCAGCCUGUGGACCGACUGGGACUGCAGAAUGACCUCUUCUCCCUUUCUCGUGCAGGGAUGAUCAGCACAGUGGAGGUGCUGAAGCUGAUGGAAGCCUUUGUCAAUGAGCCCAACUACACAGUGUGGAGUGACCUGAGCUGCAACCUGGGAGUGUUGUCUUCUCUGCUGUCCCACACUGACUUCCACGAGGAAAUCCAGGAAUUCAUCCGGGACCUCUUUACUCCCAUUGGCCUCAAGCUCGGCUGGGACAGUAAACCGGGGGAAGGUCACCUGGAUGCUCUGUUGAGAAGCCUGGUUCUGGGGAAACUGGGUAAGGCAGGACACAAACCAACACUGGAAGAGGCCCGGCGGAGAUUCAAGGAUCACGUGGAUGGCAAGCAGGUUUUACCUGCGGACCUGAGAAGUCCGGUGUAUCUAACAGUAUUGAAGCAUGGAGAUAGUGCUACACUGGACACGAUGCUGAAGCUCCACAAGCAAGCAGACAUGCAAGAGGAGAAGAAUCGAAUCGAGCGAGUUCUCGGAGCCAUCUCUGCCCCUGAUCUCAUCCAGAAAGUGCUCAACUUUGCCCUCUCGGAAGACGUUCGUCCCCAGGACACGGUUUCAGUAAUCGGGGGAGUGGCAGGAAGCAGUAAACAAGGACGGAAAGCUGCCUGGAAGUUUGUCAAGGAUAACUGGGAGGAACUUUAUAACCGCUACCAGGGAGGAUUUCUCAUAUCAAGGCUUAUCAAGCUCACAGUUGAUGGAUUUGCUAUUGAUAAAAUGGCUGUGGAAGUUAAGAGUUUCUUUGAGAGUCACCCGGCGCCAGCGGCCGAGCGUACCGUGCAGCAGUGCUGUGAGAACAUCCUCCUCAAUGCCGCCUGGCUUAAGCGUGACGCAGAAGACAUCCACCAGUAUCUACUCCAGCGCAAAGCACCCCCCGUCUGAACUACCAACCCUGUCGCCCCCACUCCCAACCCCGCCCCUCCCCAACCCCCACCCCCAACUACAGACCAGAGCGGGAGACCAGAGGGUACUUUGCAGCAGGCUUCAUU